UGCGUGACUGUGAAAAAGAUUCAUGUAUAUCCGUAUCUUACAGUUCUUGGUAGCAAAUCAAGAAAUGUUACCAUCUCUAAUCUACACGCCUGACCGACACUCCAUCCACUAAUAUUUACCACACAAAUGUGAACCUGAAUCCGCUCAUUUGCACCUCUUUCAACACCUCUCUUCUUCGACUACAUAUUUUUUUCAGUUCAAUUUUUGCCGGAAAACUACAUCCACGACUUUCCGCCAAGUGUUGCGCUUCCACUACAAUCCUGGGAAACAGGUGUAAAAAGUUAUAAUAUAUACUCAAGUUCUUGGUGCUGCUUCUUUUGUGAAUUAAAGAAGGCUUUUACAGUUUUCACCAUGCCAAAUACAAUCAGAGGAAUUUAUAGAGGAUUCAAGUUCAUAACUCAAAUCUUUGCUGUGAAGGAUAGAGAAAUGGAAAUGGAAAUUGGGUACCCAACAGAUGUUAAACAUGUUUCACAUAUUGGGUGGGAUGAUCACUCUGGCAAAGCACCCAGUUGGAUGAAUGAAUUCAAGACGGGACCAGAUUUCGCUUCCAAAUCCAUCGCCAAUUCUGGUUCAUCUUUCUCCCCUUGGUCCUCUCAAGAUUUUGGAGAAAGGUUGGGACGACAAACAGCAUCUGACAUGUUUGCCGAUAUACCACCAACAGACAUGCCCAAUUUUCCAAAGAAGCAGAAGCAUAAGAAGCACAAGUCAACUUCCUCCACCAAAUCUUCCUCUUCCUCGACGAGGUCCUCACGGUUAGCAAUGUUAAAAGCAUAAUUCAUCAAAGGAAACGUGACAGCUUACUUCGAACAUAAAAAUUGUGAUAUUUUACUAAAAAUACUUGCGAGAAAAGUUCAUGGAAUUCUCUUCAUGUACUUGAUUGAAGUGAAUAGGGGUUGUUGAAAACUUAUGUAUAUUAAGCUAGCAAUUGCAUUUCUUAUGUGAGUCUAGCAAGUAGAUUGAAAAGGACAUGAUAUUAGCUUGAAAGAAGAGAAAUUUGGAAUGAUAGUGUGGGUCCGUUGGAAGAUGAUGCUGAUCAAUUUUUUCA